AUGAUGUUCAGUCAGGGGGAGGAGGGCACCUCGUGGUACAUCAUCCUGAAGGGCUCCGUCAACGUGGUCAUCUACGGAAAGCAUAGUCUACUGAUACUAUUUCACUCAGCAAAUAUCACGCGAACACACCAGCGACCACCACGGUGGCGCCCGCGUUCACGACGAUGUCCGUCGGUGUCCGCCCUGCCUCCCAACGGCGUGCCCGUGUGUUGCUCUUCUCCACAGGGGGUCGUCUGUACCCUGCACGAGGGCGAUGACUUCGGGAAGCUGGCGCUGGUCAACGACUCGCCGCGCGCCGCCUCCAUCGUGCUGCACGAGGACAACUGCCACUUCCUGCGCGUGGACAAGGAGGACUUCAACCGGAUCCUACGGGGGGUGGAGGCCAACACGGUGCGGCUGAAGGAGCACCACCAGGACGUCCUGGUCCUGGAGAAGAGCCUCAGCCGGACCCCGCCACACGGGACCCCCCCCGCCCACCACAAGUACACCAUCAUGGCGGGGACUCCAGAGAAGAUUCUGGAGCAUCUCCUGGAGAUGAUGCGGCUGGACGCCCAGUUCACAGAGUCAGACCCCUCUCUGGAUGACUUUGUGCUCAUGCACUGCGUGUUCAUCCCCAACGCCCGGCUCUGCCCCGUACUCAUGGCCCACUACCGGGCGCAGGCGUCGCAGGGCUCGGAGCAGGAGCAGCUGGACUACACCCUGAACAACAAGCGCAGGGUGGUGCGGCUGGUGCUGCGCUGGGCCGCCGUGCACGGACACCACCUGCAGGAGGAGGACGCCUCCCUCACCUUCCUCCAGGAGUUUCUGAGGUGUGUAACAGCUGAUGCCAGAGUCCUCCCACUCAAAGACCAACUCCCAGACCUGCAGAAAAUCGUGAACAGCAACACUGAAGACGCCAAAGCCUCCAAGAAAAAGCACAAGAUCCUCCUGAGGCAGUUCAGCAUGGGAGACGAGAAGCUGCAGAAACGUCAGCCAAUCAAAGGCACCGAUGAAAGUGUGAACAGGGCCGGAGACCUCGCUAACAAGGCCCUGGGACUCUGCCACGGAGCGUCCCCGAGUGCGUCGACUGGCGAGCCGGAGAACCGGCGGCUCCACGUCCCCGCGUCUCUCCGACGCCGCGACGCUUCAACACGCCGAGCCGGCAGCCUCUCGCACCCAGCGCUCACCAAGCUACAGCCAACGAGCACGGCGACAGCGGAACAAGGGGCCAGAGCGGCUCGCUGCGGCGGCCAGGCCUGCAGAACACACAACACACAACAACACAGAACACAGAACAACACAACCCUAGUUCACUCGACGGGGCCCCUGUCCACGGAGCUGACCUUCAGCGAGGCGAUCGAUGGGCCCUCUAUCAGCCUCGUCUGA